ACAAACAGACAGAAACACAACAACAACUCACAACAAUAACAAUCACACCAAACACAUACACAAACCUUUAAUCGUUUCGUUUUAACAUCUGAAAAGAAAAACAAAAAUGGUUGCAAUCUCUGAGAUUAACCCGACGGUGGAGGCUAAGGCGGCGAACUGUCUGAUGCUUUUAUCAAGAGUCGAACAAAAAGGUGGGGAUCAAAAACGCGUUUUCACAUGUAAAACGUGUUUGAAAGAGUUUCAUUCGUUUCAAGCGUUGGGAGGUCACCGUGCGAGUCACAAGAAACCUAACAACAAUGAGAGUCUCUCUGGAUUGGUGAAGAAAGCCAAAGCUCCUUCGUCGCACCCUUGUCCGAUAUGCGGAGUGGAGUUUCCGAUGGGACAAGCUCUAGGAGGUCACAUGAGGAGACACAGGAACGAGAUUGGCGGCGGAGCAGCGUUGGUUACACGGGCGUUAUUGCCGGAGCCGACGAUGACGACGUUGAAGAAGUCGAGCAGUGGGAAGAGGGUGGCGUGUUUGGAUCUGAGUUUGGGGAUGGUUGAGAAUUUGAAUCUCAAGUUGGAGCUUGGAAGAACUGUUUGUUGAUUUGUUUUUUCUUUUAAUGGAUAUAAUAAUUAGUUUCCUUCAUUCUUUGAAUUUUUCCUUAAUAGUUUAGAUUUGUAUAUCUGCAGAUUUAGGAAACUUUCAUAGGGUGUAAUCUUUUCUUUCCUAGUGAAUAUAUUUACUUAGAAUUGGAGAUUAUCAUA